CCUCCCCAGAAGCUUCCCCUCUCUGGCGGCCAUCGGUAGUUGCCACGUUCUGUCCUCCUCCAAUUGUCUCUAAUAUAGACAUGGAGCAGGGGGCUUAUGAAGUGAGAUAUGGGCCACAACACCAAGUCAGCCCUACCUGCAGCACCACCCAGUAGUAUGUACCUGGCCAGCGUCAAUGAGGAGCGCUCUUGUGGCCCUAUGGACAUUGGCCCACCAGGAAAAUUUCCCAGUAGGGUCUAUGGUCAGUCUGACCCUGCUUGUGAAGCUGGAGGUUGUGGAGCGGACCCCAACCCCAGGUCAUCACUGCUGCUGGAGGGGACACCACAUCCGCAGGACAUCACUGCUGCUGGAGGGGACGCCACAUCCGCGGGCCAUCACUGCUGCUGGAGGGGACGCCACAUCGGCUGGUCAUCACUGCUGCUUGACGGGGACGCCACAUCGGCAGGUCAUCACUGCUGCUGGAGGGGACGCCACAUCCGCAGGUCAUUACUGCCGCUGGAGGGGACGCCACAUCCGCAGGUCAUUACUGCCGCUGGAGGGGACGCCACAUCGGCAGGUCAUCACUGCCGCUGGAGGGGACCAGCACAUCCGCAGGUCAUCACUGCCGCUGGAGGGGACCAGCACAUCGGCAGGUCAUCACUGCCGCUGGAGGGGACGCCACAUCCGCAGGUCAUCACUUCCGCUGGAGGGGACGCCACAUCCGCAGUUCAUCACUGCCGCUGGAGGGGACGCCACAUCCGCAGUUCAUCACUGCCGCUGGAGGGGACGCCACAUCCGCAGGUCAUCACUGCCGCUGGAGGGGACGCCACAUCCGCAGUUCAUCACUGCCGCUGGAGGGGACCAGCACAUCGGCAGGUCAUCACUGCCGCUGGAGGGGACGCCACAUCCGCAGGUCAUCACUUCCGCUGGAGGGGACGCCACAUCCGCAGUUCAUCACUGCCGCUGGAGGGGACGCCACAUCCGCAGUUCAUCACUGCCGCUGGAGGGGACGCCACAUCCGCAGGUCAUCACUGCCGCUGGAGGGGACGCCACAUCCGCAGGUCAUCGCUUGUGCUGGAGAGGACGCAACAACCCCAGGUCAUCUCUGCUGCUGGGGGGGAUGCCACAUCUGCCGGCGUGAGCGGAUUGGGAACUUAACCCCUUAGUGCUAUAUGACGUGUAUACUCGUCAUGGAGCACUGUCACCAUGUCUAUGUACAUGGUGGCAGCGCUGAGUUCCCGGCUGUUACACACAACCAGGGAUCUCAGCUUACCGGCCAGGGACCAAUGAGGGCAGUCCUCCGAUUGGCUAGUCUGUACAAUCUGAUGGUAAUAAUGGAAGGUUGUGAUCACCACAUUUCAGGGCUGUGGGAAUCGGAACAUUGUAUAUCUAUGGUAUGUAUGCCCCCCCCCCCCCCCAAUGGUAUAG